CCACAUUUAAAUCGCAUUUCAGCCAGAUAUAUUUUAAUUAUAGUUAUUACGAUCCAUAUGAACAACAAAAAGAGCAUAACACGUCGACAGUAGUAAAUGAAGAGAGACACAGGGCACUCGAACUUCAUAUUGGAUGAGGUGGAAUCUCGCAGUGUAGGGUAAGAGGGUUAGUUUCUGUGUCGACCGUGGAAUAAAUAUAAUUUACGAAUCCUCGUCAACUUUUCCCCAAGGUCACUUCAUGUUAUUGUGGAAUCCAACGGAGGAGGCCGUUAAUGACGCCAAAGCCCUCGGUAUGACGGCAGAUAUGUGAAGAAUUACGGGAGCCCAGGUGGAGUGAAAAUGAAUCUGAAGCUUCAAAGUUAUCAACAUUUUGCUAGGAAAGUGUCUUAUGCAUAAUUGGAGGCUCUUUAUUCUAAAAAAUGGCAAGUGCAGAGACAAGUGGCGUUUGGGGGGAUGCCGGAGAGAUCUUUCACUUGAUAUACCGUGGCAGCACUGAGAUUGAUCGACAUUACUCUAAACCAAUGCUGCCAUGGAUUAUAUCGGAAAUAAAAAAUCAACAGAAAUCUGUUGAAGUAACAGUGGAAAUAAACCGUGGCAAUGUCACUCUUCGGGACACAUCCUCUGGUGUGGUGUUAUUGAAUCACACUGUCAAGCAGAUUCAUAAGUGUGUUAUGGAACAGGCAGAUCACAAGUUUUUUUUAUACACACUAAGGGCUCCUGAUAAGAAAGAAUGUGCUGUUCCUGGUGCUUCUGGUUAUAUGCCUGCCUCUGAUCCCUCUGUUCUGAUACCAGCAAAUUUCACAGCUGAUCAAAAUUAUCAGUGUGUAUUGCUACAAGCCACUUCUGAAGAGCAGGUUCAUAGUUACUUUGCAUGUUUACGACAGCAGCCUCGUGAAGCUCAACAGUUGAAUGAGAACUCAUCAUUCAGUUCAUUCAAUUCUAUACCAGAUCUUUCUAUUCAUAAUGAAUCUCAGUUUUUUGAGGUGCUGUUUGUAGGUAGAGUCAAGGUUUCACAUCCAAAGGUGCCACCUGGGUUUAUUGAUGAAGCCACCUUCAAGUUAAGAGAAAAGACACGUCAGCGCCAUACUUCAGGAGGAGAGGGAAAUCGGGCAUUGCCAAGCAGUGCAGCCAUUGCAUUUCAGCAAGAGGGUAAUAGUAUUUCUGUGCCAAAUUUCACUUUUAGUUCUCAGCAAAUGGAUUCUGAUUCAAACUAUCGCAGUCGCAGUAAUUCCAGGGAUCUGGGAAAGGUAAACAUUCAGGAUAUAGUAAAGUCUGAGCAAGAAAAUCAAGAUGCACAUAAGUUCUCAUCUAGAGUACGAUUUUCUUUAUGGACAGAAGAUAGUCUUACUGAAAGCGCAUUAAAAUCUUAUCUUAGUUCAAGUCCUGCAGAUUUGCGCUCCUCAUUUGAGGAGGAAACAGAUUCAAAGCCCUCUGAUGAUAACUCAAAAGAAAAGGAUGAAAAAUCAUCCCAGGAUGGGAAAGCAAACUCUGCAGAAGAUGAAUUUCCUGUCAUUGAACCCAUGAGGCGUGAACGUCUUAGGACAAUCAGCGGAGAUACUGGCCAUAUGGGUCGUAGGUUCACCAUCCCAAACACAAGAAUUUGGAAUGAGGGCUCGUGCCGGAUCAAUAGGAAGUAUGAUGGAAGAGGGCGAGGAAUUAGAUAUGAUUGUGAUUUACGAAUGCUGGGGCAAGAUUUCAAUCGUACAAUGCUUUUCCACAUAGGCCGCAAUGAAGUGCAGCUGAUUAACCCUGAAAUGAAGUCAGUACAACUUAACAAGUAUUUUAAGGAUAUAGCCCAGUGUUGCAGGGGUGUAAAACAUGAUGACCAUUUUGGGCUCAUAUGUCGAGAGUUGAGUGGUGACUUACCUUGCUAUCUAGGCUAUAUCUUUAAAUGUCAAGUAAGCUCAGUAACUGAAGAGAUAAUGCAAAGUCUUAGUAAAGCUUUUGCUGCAUUGCAUGAAGCGCAGGUUAAAGAACGACAGAGCAACCUAUUAUGUGAUCAUUGCCCAAUGAGGUGGUUUAGUCAGCUCUGUGCAGAAGUUGAGGGUUUACCAGCUUCCAAGGCUCACAUGAAUAUCAUGAAACAGUUGUCAACCUUACCAGAAGAUGAUAGAAGGAUGUUGAUAGCUAAAUAUGAAGGUGCAGAAACUUCUGAUGUUCAAACACAAAAUAACAUACUGAUGAUGCUUCUCCGUGCUCAUUUUGAAUGUAAGCAGGCUUCUCACUCACACACAGCUUUACCUGGAGGAGGAGUGAAGCCAGAUUUUCAGAUUGGAACUAAUUUAGAAUCCUCUUUACGACGAGCAAAGAAAAGUUUGACUACAUCUUUUAAUCAGCUUUUAAAGAGAGAGGGACGUGACCAUGACAGUGCAGAAAAGGAUGUUGCACCUGUAGAGGAGCAGUCUUCAACCACACAGUCAAACACAGCUUCAGAUAGGCCACACAUAAAUCCCAUGCCAAGCCACAGCAAAGUGCACCUAGAGGGGCUAAGUGAUUCCCCUCUUGGCCAUCGUCCUCGUUCUUCCACUGUGAGCUCUUCUGAUGGAGAUUCGAUGAGACGUGAGUUUCUAGCAAAGCGUGCUGCUUCCAAGAAGAAAAUGUCAGAGCAGAAACCAUCUCAUCCAAAUCAGAAUUCUCCAUUGAGCUCUAAAAGAAAUAUUUUUAUGAAAGUGGGUUCUCCAGCUUCACGCACUUCAACAGAAGAUGAGAUUAGUGAAGGGAAAGUUAACAAGUCUACCUCAUUUCGCCAUGCCAUCCUCCAGAGGGUAGUUUCACCCAAUAAACAGUCAGACACUCUUGAAAAGCCGGCACAGAAAAGAACUGCAGCCCAACUGAAGAUUAUAUGGAAGAAAGCAGUGUUUCAACAUAUCCUGUUAAUUCGUAUGGAAAAGGAAAACCAGCGUCUUAGAGCUCUUCAGCAAGAAGUUGCUCUCCAACGCGUAUGUUUAAGUUACGAUGAAGAAGAGGUUCCAUAUGAAGCUAUGCAGGCGUGGAAUCUCAUGUUAUCAAAGCCUCAGGCUAGAAUUGACUCUAAUAUCAUUCAUAGUGGUGUCAAACAGGGUGUCCCAAAGGCUGUCCGUGGUGAGGUAUGGCAAUUAUUGACGUUGCAGCAUAAUUUAAGAAAUCCCAGAUCACAGCCUACUGUUCUUUCAUACAACACUCCUUAUGAAGAGAUGUUGAAAGAGUUGACCUCUCAACAUCAUGCAAUACUUAUUGACCUAGGUCGGACAUUCCCUACACAUCCAUACUUCAUGCAAACUUUGGGUCCAGGCCAACUUGCACUCUUCAAUGUGUUAAAGGCUUAUUCACUCUUAGACCAGGAUGUUGGCUAUUGCCAGGGGCUUGGUUUUGUCGGAGGAGUCUUAUUGUUACACGUUGAGGAAGAGCUUGCUUACAACUUGUUAAAACAUCUUAUGUUUGUCAUGGGCUGCAGACGUCAGUACCGACCAGACCCAAUUGGACUUCAGGUACAGAUGUAUCAGCUUUCACGCUUACUACAUGAACAUCUGCGAAACUUGUAUGAUCACCUGGAAAACCAUGAAGUUACACCUCAGCUCUUUGCUGCUCCAUGGUUCUUGACUCUCUUUGCCUCCCAGUUUCCAAUGAGCUUUGUUUGCAGAGUAUUUGAUCUUCUCUUCAUGGAGGGAAUGGAAGCAGUAUUUCGUGUAGCACUUGUCCUCUUGAGAACACACGAAGAAGCCUUGCUAGCAUGUGACUCAUUUGAGCAAAUUAUGGAUUAUAUGAAGACUUCUAUGCCCAACAUUCAUCUAGAACAACAGGGUCAUAUCAUUUCCCAGGCUUGUGAAUGUUCCUUAAGCCGUGAGCUGCAUGCUUAUGAAGUUGAAUACCACGUUCUUCAAGAGGAACUAGCACUCUCACCACAGAACACUGCAGAUGUUCAGAAAUUAAAGGAAGCAAACAGGAAUCUUAAGAGACAGAAUCUUGAUUUAUUAGAGCAACUUCAUCAGUCAAAUUCGCACCAGCAUGCCCUAGAAACCUCUAAUCAGAGUCUCCAGCAAAGUCAACACCAUCUGGAAGUGAGAGUGCGCUGGCUAGAGUUAGAACGGAACAAUUUGAAGCAAUUGGUGGCACUUUUAACAAAGAAUUUUUCACAAGAAGAACUAGCUGCCAUCCCACCAAAUUACCAGAGAUUCCUCCCUACAAUUUCUGAAAGGCAAGAGCGGAAAGAAUCUAGCACCUUGAACAAAAACCCAGUUGAAAAGGAUGAAAAGGAUGAAGUCCAAGAGGGUGAAGUUAUUUCUUCGUCACUACCAUCGCAGGAUACUUUCCUCCAGCAGAACUCAGGACCUAGAGCUGUAAGUAUGGAUCAUGGCCUAAUGCAGCGCUACAUUAAGAAUUUAGGUCAUGACUAGUUUGUGUUAUUUAUUAUUGAUUAAAGUAUUCAUGACAAAUCUGUAUCAUAUGUAGUCUUAAGAUAGGAAAGAAAAUGUAACACUUUUUGAGUGUUUUAGUUCAGUUUGUAAUAGGUGGUACGUAGUUUGUUUCAAAAAGUACACUGUAUUCAUAUUUUUUAAAGACAGCCAUUGAUAGUGCAAACCACUUUGCACUUUAAAUAUGCAUUAAAAUUGUUGGGCAUUACUAAGUGGACCUUGGAUGUUUGUAUCCAUGUAUUUGUAUAUAAAAGUAUCUAUGAUGUAAUUGUAAUCUGUACACUUACUUGUAAAUAUGUGAAUUUUGGAUUUAGCAUUUUUGUCAUUUUUAAUGAUUUAGUGAAGCCAUAGUCUAAGUAGAUUGCAGACAUGAGUAGGAAUAUUUGUACAAAGUAAUCUGCUGAAUCUUAUUGUUUAUAAGUUAUUUAAACCUCGUAGAAGUGCAGUACUUAGCAAGAAUUUGGAGUAGAGCUUUAUUCAGAAAUAUUUGUGGAAGGUAUGUUGUUUCAGUAUUGAGUAGAGGUAGUAAAAAAUUAUAUUAUUGACCUUCUUCCUUACCUUAAUACUGUUCUUUGGUGCAGUCUUGGAACAUAGGCCCAAAUCACUGCUUUUUAUUUUUGUAAUGUAAAAUAUGAAUACGGUAAUUGUUGUACGUAGUUAUCAUGGUAGGGUUUUUACAGCACUGAUAAGUAAAGGUUCUGUCAAAUAAGUAUAUGAUAUGAUUAAUGUAAAAUUUUAUAUCAAGAAGUAUGUUAGGAAAUUAUAAGUAAUUUGCAAAUAAUUAUUUACAUCAUAUUCUGGAAUGGGUAUUGAAGUGAUUGAAAGUAAAUUGUAAUAGAGAUGUAGUCUGGUCAUUGCUCGUCCAUCUUUUCUGCAGAAAUAAUAGUAAAUUAAGAGUUCAGCUCUUAAGAUUUCAACCAAAUUUUUUCAUUCUUGUAUGUAGAAUAGUGGGCCAAAGUUCCUCAUGACAAAAACAUCAGGGUUGGGUUUUAAUCAUGCAAGAUAUUGGAAGUUAUGCUCACCAUACAUAGGAUGCAUGUUGAUAUUCAAUAUCCUAGUUUACCUGGGGCUAUUCAGAAUCACAGUCUAUAAUUGCUUAUUGGACAAGUUUCUGUGCAUUGUUUUAUAUGUACACGUAACACUUUGAGCUGUAGUAUUUUAGAAUGGUAUUCAAAUUGCUGGGUUGCAGUAGUGUAACACAAGCAUUUAAUUUUGGAUAUCAUUGAAGAUUAAUUGAGAAUGUACUGUAUCGUGUUUCAAAAGUUGCUCAUUUAGUGAUGUUUCACCUUGUCCAUAUUUUUUCAGCAAAUAUCACACAAAUGACAUAAGAAAAAGAACAAACCCUUGUAAGUUCAUAUUACAAUAAAAUGCAUUUUUACUGUUAAUGUUUUGCUACAAUUGAGGAAAUAUUGAAUGAAUGCUGCAUAAUUUUAUGGAAGUGGAAAAUUUUAUAAGCAAGCUUCAUAAAAUGGAAAGGUUUACAUAUCCUCUAAUGAAAAAUAGAUUAUACAUAGUGCAAAAAUUCAACAACAGUGAAUGCACUUGAAUACAUAGAUAAAAUGCAAGUUGUACAGCUCAGCAGUGGGUAAACCAGGGCAACCCACUGAUAUUGAGUUAGGAAGGGAGCAAGAUAAAUGGUACUUGUUUGUAAAUAUGUCCAUUAAGCAUUGUGUCUAUAGUGGACCCUCCGUAUUCGUGUUCUCCGGAUUCACAGACCGCAUUUGCGGAUUUCUCUCGGGAACGUUUCCCCCAUCAUUUGCGGAAAAUUUGCGGUAUUUUUCUAUGAGAAAUAUUCAAAAAUUCCUGGUUUUAUUAUGAAUCUCAUCAUAAAAUGCGCUUUUUGUAACAAAACUAUUAAAGAAACCAAGUUUAAAAAUGCUUAGGGGUUUUUUCUUGAGUUUUAACUAACAAAAUAGGCUGUUUUCAGCGUUUUUAUAGGAGUUCCAACUACUGGGGGGGGGGGGGGGAUUGCUGGUACACAUCCCCCACGAAUAGGGGGGGACCACAGUAUAUGUGAGGCACAUUUUUUGUAUAGCAAGUCCUGGAUAAAUGAGAGGAUUGCGUCAUGCACAUCAUGACAGGUUAUAUUAAGAAAUAUUGUAAAUUUGACUUUAUGUAACAUUUAAAAAACAAGUGGUUGCACUCUAAGUGAUUGUAACCCACUCAUACUUUUAACUUUAUAAGUAAUUUUUAACUCCAUAUUAACUUGUUGGAAAAUAGUAUAGAAAACCUAAAUUCCUUGACACUACAUAUUAGUAAAAACUGCAUCACAUUAAAAUUAAAAUCCUGUGUCCAAAUCAAGUGGUCUGUUUUAUAGCAUUCAUUUUCACAAUGGUCACAAAAUUUUCAACACUUGAAGUCACAGUUACACAUACUUUGGUUAUUCAUGUAGUUAUUCAAAAGUCAGUUGGAGAUAUACACAUCUAAGGAUCUUAGGGAAUGGUGCAAUAUGAACUUGAAAGCAAUUGAAAUACCUCAAGUUAUCUUUGCUAUAAACUCCUGACCCUGACUAAUGGGCAAAGAAGAGGCAGGUGGCAAAGUUAUGUUUCAAGUCAUGUAAAUGCAGUGGUAAUACACUAGGUUUCAACAUUUUCUCCCAGAUAGAUACACAAGAGGGCCAAGUGGAUGCACAUUUUACAAAAGGGCAAAACGUAGUUGGAAACAUUACUGUGAAUGUUAGUUAGAUUAAUCUUGAGGAAGUUUGGUACAUAUUAUGCAAUGUACAAUUAUAAUCUCUGAUUAUGUCUGCAUUUACAGUACAUAGGAUGGGUCAAGUCUGUAAAAGAAUUGGGCUUUUAUAGGAUACAGUCUGUCCUGGAUUCAACAGCAUUUAACACAUGGAAAAGUUAUAUGUACUCCAAAUAAAUGUUACCCUCACCACAACAACCUAUGUAAACAAUUUAGGACCCAAGUGCAGUUCCAUACAUUGUAUCAGAUAGGUAUAUGAUAAAAUAUACUUAAUUUUAGUGAAAUAGGAAUAUGAAAAAGUAUAUAUAUUCAAAAUAUAUUAUACUUUUCAUAAUCUGUGGCCAGUCCAUGCCAACUUCUCUACAAAUCCCCAAACCCAUAGGUCUUAGUGAAGCAAUUUGCAGUUGUCAAUUAGAGAUCUUAACUUUGAAAAUAAAAGGGUGAUAGGACUGGAGGGGUUAGUAGAUAACACAGACCAGGUGGAUUUGGGACGAGUGUCAGCUUCCCUGGACAAAGAAGUAUGGUGAGGAGAAAUAGGCUUGAGACAAGAAAAAAACUUGUAUGCCAAGCACAUUGUUUCCUCUUCCCCAGUUCUCCUUCUCUUCAAAGUCAGUUCUUCUUCUCUUCAAAGUACUGUAAGUUCCCUUGAAAUAGUGGUGCUGUAUUCCAAUCAGUAGAAGUGUCAGGAGCAACUUCCCUCAUGACAUCGAAUUGUGCAGGGAUGCCCAAAUGCACGUGAAUGUGUAAGAAAUUGACAUUUUCAGCCUUUUUUGUCUAAACCAUUAGUGAAACUCAACCACUUGCAACAGCUCACUUCUUUUAUGGAUGCUUCUCACUAAAGAGAAUCCUAUGAAGUAGGAGUCCCAUUCAGGUGAUAGUCUCUUCCAUACCAUGUUCAUCAUUGACAAUUGCAGUUCAUCCAAACCAUCUAUGGCGCACUGUAGUCAGCUUCAUAUCUGACUCUUAAGCUCUUCAGAUACUCUAUCAUUGUGUCAGGUAUCAGGAAAAUUGAUAAUUUUCUGUAUUGUAUGCCAUUAGCAGUACACUAUGAAGGUAAGGAUGAUGUCCGGGUUCAGGGGAUACUUAUUAUAAAAGAUUAGUUUAUCCAGACCUCAGGCUGUUUCAGGGGAUAGAGAAGAGAAGUGGUAUGUAAAGGUAAGGAUACUACUUGGAUGUUCUCAUGCCAGCCCUUCACGGUUUUCGGGUAUCUAGAAGCAUUAUAUGCGAGGAUGAAGAGGAAUUGAUUUUUAACUUAAUUUUAAAGCCAAAGAUGCAUAACUAGCUGAGUAUGUAUGAUUAGUAGUCAGUUUCAUUAUCUAUGUCUUGAAGCUGGAUUUCCAGAUGACCUGAUGGUGCUCCUCAAUAAACAGUGCCAUGGAUUCUCUUGAAUCUUAUGUUGAUGUGGACAUUAGUUAGAAACCUUGUGUUGGAAAGUAAUGCAAGGGUGGUAUAGAGUCCUUGGCAGCCUUGAAUCCAUGUGCAGUCUUUUCCAUUCAGAGGAGACUAAAUGUUGCACAGCAGGCUUUUUAACACAGUCACAUGCAAAUUAUCUGGCAUCUUUUUUGCAUUUUGCCAUCAAUAUUUACAUAAAGUUAGCAUUAUUUGUGACAGAAAUGAAGUCAAUUUGGAAGAAUAGUCAAUCUAGCACAUUCCCAGCCUAUGUCAAUGUAAUUUUGAUAAGUGCUAUAGGCACACUUUCUAGUGCUAGAGGCUUUAACACAUAGUAGACUUUUAACAUACUCUGGGAACGAAUUUUUAAUAACUUGUAAAACAUUAAGUAUCUUAGUUUUAGGCUUCCUAUGGCUUGUAAGUGUCUUGUAGCCAAAUCCUGAAAAACUCGUGGCUUGAAGUUAAUAAUAAGUCAUUUUGGCCUAUGUGAGAAUGUGAAUUCCUUUUGUAUCCCACAUUGGUGGCCUAACAUGGUAGGAUGCUGAAAGAUUCUCCUCAUGUGACAGCAUAUUUAGAUCCUAUAUUAGACAUGGCUUGCAACACAAAUUCCCUUGUAAUCUGGUCCUCUGGCAUGAUCCUUGAGACUUGCAGUCAAAGAUAAUGUUUAUCAUUAUUAUUUAGGAAAGAAUGCUGGAUUCCCUCUCAUUCAUGUCCUGCAUCUGCAUAAAGAGAAGCCUCUCCAUUUCCUCCAUGAUUACACUGCACAUAUUGGUACUCAUCCUGCAGCCAUAAAUGAUAAAGUAGACCUCACUGCGAUAAUAUGUCUCUCCAUAUGGACCAAAUGGAUGGUCAACUGGCCAAGAUCCCCAUCAGCAAAACUGUUAGCUCUUUAUUUAGCUUCAUUUACUCAUCACACUCACUAUCACUGUACUACUGUGCUUUGUAUUUCCUCAACAUUUAUUGUUAAUCAUUUUCAUUUCACAACAUAUUCAAAUUUAUGAAGUUCUUAGGCGAUUGCUUCUCUGUCCAGUACACAAAAUAUAAUUGGGUAUCUUCCAGAUGCUUGCUCAAUGAUGACCAGUGUGCAUUACCCAAGAUUGGGUGAUGCUGUGCAUGAAUCUUUUAAAUGCUGGUAUGUGCCAAACAACAUUACCUAAUGAGCUUAUGAAUGAAAUCAUAAAUCAAAUAGUCACUUGCCAUGGCUGGCACAUAUAUAACUUAAAAAUUUCAGUUAUUAAUUUUUUUUUACUCUGUAAUUGGCUGUAUUGAUGAUUCAAGAAGUGAUUUCAUAGAUUUGUUUAGGCAAAAUAUCAAAACAUGUACUGUAGGCUCCAGUAGUCUUCAUUUAAGUGAACCUGCUUUCAUAUGAAGUACAAUAUAGAGCUGGUUUUAGACUUAAAAAAUCUGUAUCUUAUAUGCUGUCUUACUGACAAUGUAUUGCUUGAACUUGCAAUGAUCAGAUUAUCAUUAAGCUGAAGGAAGUAAUAAAACAAGAAGAUGACCUAGCACUUUCAGGUUCUUUGACCUCAGGGGCAAGUAAUACAAAAAAUCAUAGGUGAUUUCAAAUUUAUCCCUGGCAGCAAUAUUGCAUAAAAACUAUCUUAGCUAUUUAAAACUAAUUUUCUAACAACAUUUACAAGUGGUUAAUUCAAUUUUUUCAUCCUUGGGCGAUUGUUGAUCUAAUCAGCCUGAUUUUUCAUUAUUAUGCGUAAUUCAGUAAUGCUUUGUUUAAUAAUGUCUUUACAGAACAUGAUGUCUGAAUUUUUCAGCUUGUAUUGUCAUUCAUGUGCUGAAAUAUUCUGAAUAAAUUCAGUAUUCUAGCAUUGUAUUUAUGUUGAUUAGAUUAUGUUGAUAUAAUCAAAUACUGAAUGAAUUCAGUGUUCUAACAUUACAUUUAUGUUGAUAUAAUCAUAUUUCAAGAUCUUUGGCACUUUGUCACUCAAACUUUGUGUUCCAUUGAUUGCAAGGGAUUUCAUGUAUAGUACAACCAUUCUUUUAUGGAAGUAAAUUCAUGAUCAAUUUGUGCUUCAGUGCAAUAGUUAUUAAAAAUAACUAACCAUUAAAUGGUUUUAGCAUUCUGUUGAUGGGCACAAAUUAGUUACAGUAUUGUAAAAUAAGGUUUUUUAUAUUAAAAUCACUUUUAGGUACUUCACAAUUGUCUCUUGCUUUGCAAAUGCAUAGAUCUGUCAUUAAAAUCACAUGGGUAUUUAAGAUUUGUACAAUCUCAUAGUCUUUUCCAAGAUCAUCUUUGAGAAGGUCACUUGACGUUAAAGUGGCGUAAGAACACUCGCUUUGUUUUUUCUUCCUCCAGCUAAAUGCCAAUGCUGUCAUAUAUGAGGUAAAAGGUAUGAUGCUUCAUCAAAAUGUUCUGCUGGUAAAUGCUGUGAAUUCAGUAUAUUUGCUCAAGAAGGAGUAUUGUAAUUCAAUUUCUAGUCUUGUAAAAAUUGUCAUAAUAUUCUUUUGCAUCCUAGAGUGUCAACAAGCAGCUUUUAUAUAAUCUCAGUCACUUAACAAAUUUAGGUAUUCAUAAGUGACACCAAAACUUAAAUUUCAUCUGUGUUUGUUUUGCAGAAAAGACUAGUCAUGAGUUUGGCAGUGAUGUGAUAUGUUUGUUUAGUUACCUCAAGAUUUCCUUUAUUCUCUUGAUUUUGUAUCAAAGAUACUCUUGUGUAUAUAUACUCUGUUUGAUUUGAGGGAUUAUUGCAAUGGACUCUGUGUUGUUUUUAUGCCAAGAUAAAUUAAAAUGCUCAUUGCUGUAUAUUGUAUUACGUAUAGCGUUUAUCUAGAAAUAAGUUUUUUGUAUAUUUCCCAUCAAUCUAAUAUAGUUGAGAAAAAUUUUGUGUGAGAAGUAUAGCUGUUAAAUGGAUACUUUUGCAAACAAACGUUCAUGUUACUUUACCAGUUAAAUAAAUUAUGUAUUUAACUGA